AUGACCGACAUCAAUCGCGGCACGGCGGGCCCGUAUCUGCACAAGCACAAUGGCCAAAUCGAGCCGCAAUCAGUGCAAUCCCCGUCGGGAGCGGCAGGCUUCGGGGGCGGCUCGUUGAAGCGCAACAAUAGCCAUCAUCAGCGGACGAAAAAGGCCGCCGCCACAAACGGUGGCCCCGGUUCGACCCUCGAGCGCGGCACCAGUGGAAGUAGUGCCGAGUAUGGAACCGGACCGGAGCGGAGCGCAGCGAGAUCCGGCGCCGGUUCCGGACUGGCGAAGAGCUGGUCCAAACAGUCGAGCAGCUCACAGUCGACGCAGGGGGCCGCCGGACCCGUGGCCGGUGCAGCAACAAAAUUAAUACCCACCGUUCCCAAAACGGAAGCCACGCUCAGCGACGACUUUAAGCGCUUCCACACGCACCGCAACAGCUACGGUGGGAAAUCCAAUUUAAAUGUAAAUAACACCGAUCAAACGAUAAAGUCGCAGGUCCUGCUACACCAGCAGAAGCUGCGGGAGUACAGCAAGCAGCACCAGCAGCAGCACCUCGACAAUGAUAGCUACUCGACCUGCUCGUCCUCGCAGUCCGACUAUCAACAUCCGCAGCACCAACACCAACACCAUCGGCUGCAUCACCAUCCCCAUUCGCAUCCUCAUCAUCAGCACCAGCAUCACAAUGGCCAGUCGAAGCAGCAACCGAUCCUGCAUCAACCGAUGUACCCGGUAUCGGCCACGGUGGCCGCCACGGCCACCCUGACACGUGCCGGGGGCUCGAUAUUGAAAAAUGCCACCAACAGCGCGGCCGGCACCGGUAAUGAUCCGGCGGUCCGGAACACGCUCAAACGGGGCCCGGGAGGAUUAAGCACGCUGUCCCUGUGCAGCUGCGAUGCGGACACCGAGAUAAUACCAAAUCCAUUAAGGCCAUUAUAUCAGUACAGCCUGGACAGGAAAAAUCCUCGCCAGCACACGUACACGUGCGAGCAGAACGCCCAGAUACUGCUGCGCCUGGAGAAGGACCGCCAGAAGAAGUUCGGCUCGAUGGGCAAACUGCAUCUUGCCACGUCAACCGGUGACCUCAGCAACGGAGGCGGUCCAGCAACGGUGGUGGUGCCCCCGAGGCACUCGAGCAUAACCGGAGCCUCGGUGCCGACCUCGUCCGUGUCGACGCCAACGCCUACGCCCCUCCACCACCAGUUACCACCACCAGCGGGUGCCAAAGGGGGCUCCAAUCCCUGCAAAGCCAUCAAUGUGCUCUCUUUCGACUGCCAGCGUGGAUCCGGGUAUCCGAGAGGCGAUAAUUAUGCGGAGGAUGAUUCGUACAGCGAGGACAUGAUACCGCCACCGCCGCCACCACUGAACCGACGCCCAUCGUACGGGUACGGCUGCAUAAUGCAACCUGUUGCCGGGCCGGAUCCGGCACCGGGCGAGCUGCCGGUGAAUGAUUUGACAGCGCCGUUGGCCAACGGCAACGGCACCGGCAUCGGCUACCAUCCGAUGCACCAACCGGACUUGUUUAACUUCGCAUCGGCAAACGGGUCGGCCAGUGACACGCUGAAGUCAACACUCAAAUCCACCAAACCGUCGACAAACAGUAAAACGACUUCCGGCGUCCCGCCGAACGGUCCGAAAGGCAAGUCGAAGCUGAACGACCCCCUGCCGGUGAUGAUGGUGGAUUUGAUGAACGGAAACGCCGCGGUCACCGGAGCACCGCCCGGCGGGUGCAACGGAACCGGGAGCGGGGACGCCGGCGUGAAACCCUAUCCUCCGUACUACUUCGAUGAUAACUAUCUGCAGCACCACUACUACUACCAGAGUGCGGCCGGGGACGACCGGUUCGCCGAGUCGGUCGAUCUGCCGGCCAAAGAGCCGAUGACCGAUGGCCAACUCUUUCUCUACCAUCAGCAUCACAACCCGCACCUGCACCACCACCACCACCCGGACCCGAUGGGAGGCUACAUCCCGAACUACGAUGCGCUCAACCUGCCUGCCAAGUACAACACGAUCGGCGCCAACGGCCACCUGCCGGGCGAGGUGCCCCUGCCAGGGCACCUGGCCAGCCUGGGCGGUACCUGGAAUCCGGCGGAGGGUGCCACCGUGGUCGCUGGUGGCGGCGCGGGGCUCGGAAUCGGCGGCGAUCAUCAUGCCAGUUCCUGCAACAUCAACCAGUACGGCGCCGGUGGGGCGUCGGCCAAGAGCAAUCUCGUCGCCUCGCACAACCAUCACUUCUCCAACUCGAUCAGCAACUUCAACUUCAACCCCUCGCAGUACUUCGGUUCGGCGCUGGAUCCGGCCCCCGGCACCACCAUCAUACCGGGCGGUCUCGGCGGUGUGAUGGGGCCCGUCGAUGGGUUCCCGUCGUCCUGCAGCCUCAACGGGACGCCCAACAAACAGCAGCACCCGUGGAAGCACCGCCAGUGCCCGAGUCGAGGCUCCAGCAGCACCGGAUCGGGAUCAUCGAGGCUGCCACUGGCACAUUACAGCGUAGGCACAGUUUUUGAAUAUAUCUGUCAACGCAUCUGGGGCACUGAAAACCCUCAAUCGAUUGAAAAAAUGCCGCUACACCCAGAAAAGGAGACUCCAGGCAACGAGACUACUAUCGUUCGCGAAAUGAACCGGCUCGGUAUGAUAGUGGACCUGUCCAAGUCGUCCGUCAGCACGAUGAAGGAUGUUCUGGCUACCUCCCAGGCGCCGGUCAUCUUUUCCCAUUCGUCGGCCUACGCAUUGUGCAACUCUAGCCGCAACGUGCAGGAUGAAGUGCUCGGGCUGGUGACGAAAAAUCGCGGCCUGGUAAUGGUGAACUUUUACAACAAGUUUCUGCGGUGCAGCGAAAACGCAUCCGUGCAGGACGCCGUAGCCCACAUAAAUCAUAUAAGGAGAGUUGCAGGAAUCGAUCACGUGGGACUCGGUGCCGGUUACGAUGGAAUUAAUUUUACGCCGCACGAUCUGGAGGACGUCUCAAGCUAUCCGCGGCUUUUCGCCGAACUGCUCGGUGACGGCUGGACGGUCGAUGAGCUGGAAAAGCUGGCCGGCCGCAAUCUGCUGCGGGUGUUCGAGGACGUCGAGAAGGUGCGGGAAAAUCAACGCCUGUCGGGCGUGCGGCCGUACGAGGACAUUCCGCCGGUGCUGCGACCCGAGGACCACACGAACUGUUCGACGAAUAGUUAA